UUUUCAGGUUGAGAUCACACUGGACACUCAGUUGGCUGAGCAGUUGUAGUCACAUAUGAAUGAGUACAUCAGUUAGGGCAUUAAUUAAAGGAUUCAUUGUUUUGCCUUCUUUGGUCAUUGUUGUACUCACGGACAGUCACACACACACACACACGCACGCACUGUAUACUUUUAUGGAGUGUCUGUUGCUUGAGCGGCUCCCCUGCGUCUGCGUCAAGACACGCUUUCCAUCUGUGUCCAGUGUGCGGAUUAGGGGCUUGUUAUCCUCUUAGCUCUAAAUGGCCCCGCGUUCCUGCACUUCGCUGUCCAUCUCAUUUGCUGUCUAAGUCGCGGAGCAGACCGUGAAACGAAGGCGAGAUUCGUGCGUAAAAAAAUUAUCGUGCCCACCAUUCUGUUUUAGUUUUUGCGCAUUACGCGUGAAUCGUCGGUGCAACCCUCUCCAUCGUCUGUCCGCGUGCCUGUUGGAGCACAGUGGCGUCUGUCCGUCCGUUAAAGUGUCCAACCCACUGAUCUUUUGCAGACUGUAAUCUUAUCAGUGUCAAACCGUCGCUGCCCUUUCCUCUCGGUCAAUUUAUGCCUGUCUUCGGAUGGCGUUUGCUCCAAAAUUUGGAUAAAGUAGCGAUUUUUUUUUAUCAAGACUUUUUUUCAGCGAAGGGAUUAGUUACAUUUACAGUCACAAGUGCGUUUGAAUGUGUAAUAAAAUGAACAUUUGACCGUUUUAAACUUUCCACCAGAAGAAGACAUGGAAUCUACAUGUAAAGAAAGGAGUCUUUUAUACUUACUUCUCUUUGCAAUAUGCACAGCCAGUAUUUGCUAUUGUACAAGAAGAUCAAAUGUUCGAAGAUCUGAUCGUCUGAGUCCUCCAUUAGACAUCCAGCUGGAGACAAUCAACUGUACUGCCUUUAGUGUACGAUGGAAGAUGCCCCGGCGACAUGUGAGCACCAUCACAGGAUACAAGGUCUUCUAUACAGAGAUGAGGAAUGGACGCCCAGUGGGUACAGCGUCUUUAAUGGAGGUGCCUCUCAGCUUGGACAUGCUGACCACUGGGCAAUUUGACGGACAAGCAAGCUUUGAUGUGGACAUUUUUAACCUAAAGGUGAACACUAAGUACAGAGUCACUGUUGGAGCGUAUGGUUGGGCAGGUGAAGGCAGACCAAGCAUGCCCAGAGACAUCAGCACUGCUUCACAUGAAAUGUGCAUGCCCCCAUCUCCCCCCACUCAGCCGGUUGUCAUGGCUGUAUCUGACACAGAGCUGGCGUUGUCAUGGCAGCAAGGAGAGAGUGAGGGAAGCGCACCUGUCCUUCACUUCUUGGUGGCUUACAUCAGGCCAGAAAUGGACACGGAGUGGACGUACAUUCGUGAGCCCAUUGAGACUAACUCCAUGGUUUUGAAGGGGUUAUUACCUGAAACAGAGUACCAGUUUGUUGUCAGGGCAGUCAACGUGCAUGGAGCUAGCCCACCCAGCCAGAUCAACAACCCUGUGCGCACUCUCGGUGCAUCAGAUGUUGGCAGUGGUGAUUAUGGGCGUUACAUCACAGAUUCAAGGCUCAAAGAUGAAGAUGGCUUCGACAUUGAUGACUCUGAUUAUGAUAUAUUCAUUGAAGAGUUGAAGCCACUCCCAGUUACCAAUCAGGACAACAAGAAGUCCCAGCUCCGUUCACGCUCUGGUCCGUCGUCUGGUCGGAACGUUUUUUACCGUAUGAACACCAUCGCUCCCUCCAACAUCACUGCCCCUCCUGCUUUCUCCACCACCUCAUCCAUCUUCCGAGACUUCACAGAUCUGGUUUUCUCAACCAGCUCAGAGCCCAGUACCACUACUGACACCACAACUACUGCCCCACUUACCACCACCAGAAUCACUUUCCCAACCACCACGACCACCCCAACCAUGUCCCCCUGGAAAGGUGAGGAACCUCGUGUGUAUGACCUGACCUGCGAUGAUACGGUGUGCCCCCCCGACAGCUUCUGUCUCAGUGAUUACGACAGCGGAGGCUCACGCUGCCACUGCAACCUUGGACGAAGAGGGGACACAUGCUCUGAGGUGGUACCGGUGAACUUUCCCAGGUUCUAUGGAUACUCUCACAUGACCUUUGAACCCUUGAAGAACUCUUACCAGACCUUUCAGAUCACUUUGGAGUUCAAGGCAGACUCUGAGGAUGGCUUGUUGCUAUACUGUGGAGAGAAUGAACACGGCCGUGGAGACUUUACCUCUUUGGCUCUGGUGCGAGGCAAGCUGCACUACAGGUUUAACUGUGGUACAGGAGCAGCUCAAAUAGUCAGUGAGAGUCGUAUUGUUGUUGGUCAAUGGCACACAGUCACCAUCUUCAGAGAUGGCAUGAGCGGCUGGCUGCGUAUGGACAACGACACCCCCAUAUCUGGACGCUCACAGGGCCAGUACACUAAGAUCACUUUCCGCUCCCCGCUGUAUGUGGGUGGAUCCCCGAGCACUUAUUGGCUAGUCAGGGCGACAGGGACAAAUCGGGGCUUUUAUGGCUGCAUUCAAAGUCUGACCAUCAACAACAAGGCCGCAGACAUCAGACCCUGGCCUUUGGGCAGAGCUCUGAGUGGAGCAGACAUAGGUGAGUGCAGUGACAGUGUAUGUGACCUGGUCAGCUGUGCCAAUGAUGGAGUCUGCUUUGCAAACCGUGCCGAUGGCUACAUUUGUCUAUGCCCACUCGGCUUCAGGGGAACACUUUGUGAAGAGAGUUUCUCACUGGCCUCACCUCUCUUCAAUGAGACAGUGUUUUCAUACGCAGUCAUCCCGUGGCCUCAGUCCUCUCAGAGUUAUCUGUCCUUUAUGGAGUUUGAGUUGACGUUUCGACCAUCGAUGCCCCACGGGACGCUGCUGUACAGUGAUGACGCAGGCAGCGGAGACUUCCUGGCUAUCAACCUGGUGGACAGAUAUGUGGAGUUCAGAUUUGACUGCGGCUCUGGAGGAGCUAUAAUAAGGAGUGAACAGCAAAUCGGCCUGGACACAUGGCAUGAGUUGAGGGUAUCUCGCACAGCAAAGAGUGGUAUCCUUCAGGUGGACAGCCAGAGGCCGAUGGAAGGAAUUGCUGAGGGAGCUUUCACUCAGAUCAACUGCAGUUCACCUCUUUAUAUCGGUGGAGUACCAGAAUAUGAUAAAACCAAGAGGACAGCGGGUGUAAUAAAACCUUUCACUGGAAUUAUUCAGAAGCUCAUACUCAAUGACCGCACUAUCCCAAUAACAAGUGGCUCUGCUGGUGGAGUUAAUGUAGCAAAUUCAGCACACCCAUGUGUGGAAAGUCCCUGCGCCAAUGGAGGGACCUGCAGGCCAAAGUGGGAUAGUUAUGAGUGUGACUGCCCCCUUGGGUAUGACGGGAAGCACUGCCAGAAAGCUGUGACUGAAGCCAUCGAGAUCCCACAAUUCAUUGGCCGAAGUUACCUGACAUAUGACAACAGAGAUAUCCUGAAAAGGGUGUCUGGGUCCAGAACGAACCUUUUCAUGCGUUUUAAGAGCACGGCCAAGGAUGGCCUGUUGCUAUGGCGUGGAGACAGUCCAAUGAGACCCAACAGCGACUUCCUGUCUAUGGGCCUUCAAAAUGAUGCACUAAUCUUCAGUUAUAACCUUGGCAGUGGUGCAGUUAACAUUGCUGUCAACGGGACCUUUAGUGAUGGGAAGUGGCACAGAGUCAAAGCUGUGAGAGAUGGCCAGUCAGGGAAGCUGACAGUGGAUGACUAUGGCGCAAAAACAGGCAGGUCACCUGGAAAGAUGAGACAACUCAAUAUCAAUGGACCCCUAUACGUUGGCGGCAUGAAAGAGAUAGCUCUUCACACAAACAGACAGUACAUCGGAGGCUUAUUGGGCUGUGUGUCACACUUUACACUCUCCACUGAUUACCACUUAGCGCUGGUGGAGGAUGCUGCUGACGGCAAGAACAUCAACACCUGCUCCAACUAGACAAUGGCUCCAAUACCUGAAGGUCCAUUUUCAGCACCAUUUUCAACUGGAGUGAACACCUCGGCCAGCUGAUUUGCCAUCUUGAAACUGACUAACGAGCACCAACUGAAAAACAACUUAAAACAAUUCAAUUUUAGUCCACCAAUCCAGGGCUGACAUUGUAUAAACUCAACUGACAAAGACUAACAACAUUGUUACUGAGUCAUAAAAACAUUUAAGUGGCUCCUGUGUACAAAGUUAUCAAAUCAACUCCAGCCUGCCAAGUUGUACGUUUUAUUUUAACAUUAACAACUUGAUGAAUUGCUCUGUUUCAACACAUGGCAACAGCAAAAAUGACCAGAGGAUAUUACAAAACACAAGUACUCUGGAAAAGGAGAGAGAAAAAGCUUAGCGUUAUGGGUAAUGAGGGUCUUUGAAAAACGUUUCGGACAUUUUUUUCAUGGGACGAUUCCAAUUGUAUCGUUUUUUCUACUGUAAAUCCUUAUUUGAUUGCUGGAAGAACCAAGUGAUCCGAGGGAUCAAGAGUCAUCACAAGGGUUUCAGGAACCUGACCUAGAGCAGCUAGCGGAGAUAAACUUCUUUGUAGAGGAUUUUGGUUUGGGCCCAAGAGGGUUUCUGUUGUUUUUCUUGUGGUGGAAUUUCUAUUCUUGUUUGUGAUGUAUUAUCAGUCUGUAGACUACAUUUCUGACAGCCUGAUUGAUGUCAAUUUUUUCAGGGGUUGCUAGUGUUGAAGAGUGUCAGCUGCACACAAUAUGUGUUUUUUUAUACAUUCUUCUUUUAGUUUACAUGCUCCUUUUUUUUGGAACUCUCAGAUGCUAGUCACAUGAAAGUCUGAUGUUGAUACGGUGAAGCAGACAUAACCCUGGAGAAAUUGUGUGUGACAGUCUUACUAUCAUUUGACAGAAACCACUGUGGACUUCAUCCCUCUAGUCGACCUGCUUUGUAGCUUUUGUUUUCACACCAGAGAAAAUACAUUUUCUCUUAUUUAAGCAUUUGCAGUUGAGUGCAGGUUAAUAAAGCCUAAGCUUUACACAAAUACAAUUCUUUUCCCAUGAGAGAGCAACACCUUGGUUUCAAAGUUUGAGCUCAGAACAACUCCAGUAAUACAUUGUCAGAUAUUAAAUGAGUCUGAAUUUGUUUGAGAAGAAUGUGAGAUAGUCAUUGGUUGAAUGUGGCAUUUUCAACAAGUGUGUCAAGUCUGAACGGCAUUUCAAAUGAGGUGCAUCCCAUGAAAUACACCAUGUGACUGUGGAAUGUGAAUGAACACGAGUGACGUGAUCCACCACUGGGUGAUCAGUCGGGUUCCCAUCCACUGUACAAAAUGCAGCAUGUAUUGGCUGUGCGCAACAUGUUUGGUAAAUAGCUGUUAUCCAUAGACUGUAGGAAAACAUUGAUGUAGCAUCUGUGAUGUCAGCAUAUGUGUCUAAAGAUACAUUUAAAACUUUAAGUUUAGGUUUAUGCUUUCUGCCAACUUUGUAAGUUAGUGAGAUAAUCCAGGUUUCUCUAAAGGCCUGACCUGGGUGGAACUGAAAUGGAACGAGCAAGCAGGAACUACCCCGGCUGAGUGUGCACAUCCCAAAACAUACUAUUACUCAAGCCUUAAUAUAACCCUUAAUAUCUUAAUAAUCCCCUGAAAAUUUUAAUGAGCAAUUUAUGACCCUAAAGCAGUGUACAUACUAGGUGCCCCCAUUUUGUUGUAUGAUGAAAAGUUGACUGUAGGUAAGUUUGAAAGUAUACCUUCCCAGGUAUGCAGCCUCUCAUGCAAGACGAUGAAACAGAAAUACAUUACGUGAGUUAAAUAACAUUAGACUUGCCUCCGUUGUCUUUUUUUUUUUAAUUAACAUGCAAGAAAUGUUCACUGUAUUUGUAAUUGGAACACUGUGGCUGCUGCCUGUCAAAAACUACACUCUGCUAACCAAAUAGCCUGCAAAUUAAAUAAGUUGCUAACCAA